UACAAAACCACACCGCGUUAAAAAAUCAACAAUGGCCUUGUCAUUCAAGAACCAACUUUUCCCACUUACACUACUCUUUCUCAUCACAUUUGCCACCUCAGCUCGAAUCCUUGAUGAAGUAACUGCACCCGUCCCUGAGGCAGAUGCCCCAGUUGCUGAUGAAGCUUCAGGAGUUGGCUCUGGAAUUGGGGCUGCUGGUGGAGCAGCUUCCUCUGUAGGAGGGGCUUCCAGUGGAGGCUCUGCCACAGGAGAUGGGGCUACUGGUGGAGUCACUGCUACGGGAGGUGGGGCUGCUGGUGGAGGUGCGGCUGCUGGUGCAGCCACAGGAGCCGAUGCUGGAGAUGUGGCGCAUGGGGAACACCCUGAAUUGAUCUUUUUCAUGCAUGACAUUCUAGGAGGAUCUAACCCUACAGCCAAAGCAAUCACUGGUGUUGUAACCAACCCUGCUGUUAGUGGGCAAGUCCCCUUUGCUAAGCCCAAUGGUGCAAUCCUCGCUAACCAGAACGGUGGCCGUCAGAGCAAUGGCAACUCUGGUACUAUGAACAACAACAAUGUCCCCUUCCUCACUGGUCUUGGUGGCAUUAAUUCUAAUGUGAUGCAGAACAGUGGUAACAACUACGUUGGAGGGAAUGGUUUCCCUGUUGUGAACGGAGCCCAGCUCACUUCAGGGACAUCCCUGCAGCAGCUUAUGUUCGGAACUAUGAUUGCAAUUGACGAUGAACUCACUGAAGGUCAUGCACUCAACUCAGGUAUGGUAGGCCGCGCUCAAGGGUUUUAUGUCUACAGCUCAGUAGACGGUAAGACCCAAACCAUGGCCUUUACUGCUAUGUUCCAAGAAGGUGGUUAUCAUAACAGUAUCAACUUCUUUGGGGUUCAUCAGACUACUGUCUCUGAAUCUAUUGUUUCCAUAAUGGGUGGUACUGGUAAGUACGUCAAUGCCAAGGGAUUUGCCGUUGUCAAAACACUGCCACCUGUUGAUCAGCACGAGACCGACGGCCUUCAGACUGUGCUCGAAUUCUCUGUUUUCCUUACAUACUAGUGUGCGUUCAUAUGUAAUUAUUGUGAUUUCUGAUUUUUAGUGUAAUCUGAAUAUGUGUAAAACAAUUUGAGUGCUAUGAAAAAUUUGGUUAUUUUUAAUUA